CCAGAUAGGCCCUUUCAACUUUACGGCAAUGUAUCUAGGAGGUGUCCCUUCUUACAUCAAGAGAUUUCCACCCUAACAUCUGCUAAACCCCAUUUAGACCUGUUUGAUUGAAUGAUGCCCUAGCAUUUGCUAAAGUUUGUUUCUGCUUAUCGCCGUCAACGUUGCACAGUUGUUAAUCGAAGUACACAGACCUUCCCAAGGAGCAGCUUUCAGGCACAGCCAUUUUGGUGGCCAGCACCAGGCCGAUCUCAAUUCAACAUGUUGUUGCACAGUCUAGAGCAAAUGGAGUUCUUCGAAGGAACUGAAAAGCUGCUUGAAAUUUGGUUCAAAAUACCAGAUUUUUGUGAUUCAAAAUCUGGAUUGAGAAAGAUUCCAAGCGAAGAAUACAAAAAACUUGUCACUUACUGCAAUGCAGAAGUCGUGAAGGCUUCAAAGAAUGAACAUAUUGAUUCCUAUGUAUUAAGCGAAAGCAGCUUAUUUGUUGCUAAAGAUCACAUAGUGUUGAAAACUUGUGGGAAAACAAAAGUUUUGAACUGCGUGGAACCUUUGCUUCAUCUUGCAAAGAAGUACUUGAAGGUUAAUGACAUUCAGAAUAUGUUCUACUCUAGAAGAGUUUAUCUCAGACCAGAUUUGCAGGAAGAGGAAUACCAAAAUUUUGAUCAGGAGAUGAAGCUCUUACAGACAUUUUUUCCAAGUGGCGCAUUCCACAAAUUUGGGAAAGAGAAGGGUGAGGAAUGGUACUUGUAUACAACAGACCACCUCUCUGAGCACUCAGAUGAUCCAGAUGUGACCUUAGAAAUUUUGAUGUCAGAGCUUGAUAAGGAAAAAAUGGAACAGUUUACAAAAUCCCAUCCAGAUGUCGAUGACAAGAAAGUGACCUAUGAAUCAGGGAUUGCUGAUAUUAUUCCUGGCUCAGUCCAUGAUGGUGUUCUCUUUGAUCCAUGUGGUUAUUCUAUGAAUGGUCUCAGUGGUGACUCAUACUCAACAAUACAUGUUACCCCUCAGCCCCAUUGCUCUUAUGUCAGCUACGAAACCAACAUCCAGCUGGAGAAUUAUGACAGGCUUGUCACCAAGGUACUAGAGACCUUUAAGCCUGGAAAGUUCAUUGUCACAUUGAUCGCAAACGAGCGCUCCAAGUGUGGCUCUGCUUCUUCAGCUGUGAAGAAAAUUCACCCAAAAGGCUACAAACGUGUUGAUCUUGAAGAGGCCGCCCUGCGAAACUACUCAGUUGUCUAUGGACAUUAUCGAAAAUAUUAACUUUUGAAAUAUGCCCUUAACUUUUGAUUUUUUUCAUUUACAAAUAUAUAUAUAUGAUUAAUCAAAUUUUUUCCUUUUACGCUUUUGAUGUUGGUUACUUGGAAACCUUCCGAUAAGAUGCUAAAAAGGCACAAAAGCAAGCAUGCACCAGCCAGUCUGGAGAUUUGCAUUUCAUGUCUGAGAUUUUCAUGAUGUAUUUAUGUAGUUUAAGUAACCGACAAGUCGAAAUUGGUUCCAUAUUUUGAAAUUGACCUUCUUAUUAAAGAAAUCUCUCGUCGUUCCUGGUUCAUUCAAGUACCGGAACGCUCUCAUAACUUUCCUAUUCAUACAGUACUUAUCCCUAAGUUCUCAUCCUUAUUUUUAAGGUUUCAUAAAGAAAUCCUUGUUUCUUAAUUGUCAGAAGUUCUCGACUCUAAAAAGAUGAUAAAUUACAUACUGAACAUGCAAAAUUUGUUAUUCCCCUUCAGACAACUCGAAUUGUUUUAGUGAUUUAUAUUCCCCUUGCACCUUCUCAAAUACGCUGGAACCACCGAAAACUCGAAAAGUUUCACCAUUUUCUUGGAGAUGAUCGAGUUAUCGGGACUUAACUGUAUUUAAUAUUGCGAAAAGUGGCCACUUUGUAAACUUAAUUCACAAACCUUGUGUUCCUUCUACUUUGAUUGUACUAACUGUCUACACGUGCCGGCGAGAUUAUAUUUAAGUUGCAUAAAUGCACAAGUUCUUUAUAUUUUAUGUGACGCAUUUGCGACAUAAAUUGAGUGGGAUUCUUGGCGUUAAAUAUAUGCAAUGUGGAACAA